AAAAGCUCUGCAACAACAGAGAUAGUUAGGAUCUAAACGAAGGAAAAGCAUCUGCAAUAAAACUACCAUCUUCCCCACUUGAUGGACCCCAACACCCUGCUUUUCCUUCUCUUUCAUGGCCCUGGUUUAGUUUAGGCCAUCAAACCAGCUUUGAGUUCUGUUACAAAUGAAAAAAUAUUAGUCUUUUGAUUAGUUCUGCCUAUCUUUUCCUAAGUUAUGGUCCAUUUGGGUCACCAUACAUGGAAUAAAACCAACCAAAAAACUUGUCACUGACACCAUCUAGAAUAUCUAGUUUUGAACUGUUCCUUAAAUAUCUUGCCUUUUUCUUUUUCUAGGUUCUGCACUCACUCAUCACCAUGUCCAUGUUCAAUUUAAUAUUCUUCAGCUGGGUCCUUUUGGCUUUAAGUUAUUCUGUUUUUCUUUGCUCUGGCUCUUCCUGUUGCCCACAACAGAUUUUCCAGCAAAGUGGGAGGCCAUUUGAGCAGAAAACUGAUAGAUUCUGGGAAUUCAGAGAGCAAACCAACACUUGGGUUGAAGUGGAACUCCCUUAUGAUCUUGUAUCUUGUGUUAAUGACAACUGUUCUAAAGUGGGUUUGAUUGAUCAUAGAAUAACAAGAACCAAAGAAGAAGAGAAGGAAAGUUUGAGAAACAAAGAUGGUAUUGGUAUUGGUGAUGGUGAUGGUGGUGGUGGUGAAGUUUUCGAGGAAAGUUCUGAUGUUGUUUUGCCUCUAAGAAAAAGAAUUUCUUUGACAAGAAUGUCAGAAACAUCCUUCUGGAUCACUGGUGUGAGUGGUUCUGUGUAUGAAAGGUUUUGGAAUGGAGUUCAGUGGGUGAUUGCUCCCCAUGAUUUGCCAGUUUCAGCAGGCCCUGCAGUGUCUGUGUUUAUUGUCAAUCAAACAAUUCUUGCUCUUUCAGAAGCAGGAGUUCUUUAUCAGAUGCAACUCGGUGAGAACUCACAGCCACUUUGGGUAGAGUUCAUCCCUGCAAUUGAUCAAACCACAAAUAAAGAGUCAGAACUGAUCCAGAUAAAGUCUGGUGUUGUUUCAUAUGAUGGGGAGAGGGUUUACUUCUGCACAAAGAAUGGAUUGUUGUUAGAACUUAGUGAGGUUGAGCCUCCCAGAUGGGUAAAUCAUGGCCGACCACCUGGAGCAAACGUCGCAGCAAUAGCUGAUGCUGCUGGUAUUAGACCAGAAGCUGUAUAUACUAUAAGUUCUACAGGUGAUCUGUAUGAAUAUGAUAGAACCUCAAAACCGUCCUGGAAGAAGCAUAUAUGGAGCAAAGGAACAGCAGGCAACGCUUCUUUGAUACCGUCGAUGGGGUGUACUGUGUAUGGCUUGAUUGGAGAUCACUCUAUCUCCCUGUUUCUUUUAACUAAGGGCGGUAAAUUGGUAGAGAGACGGAUACAGCAAAGAAAGUGGAAAUGGAUAGUCCAUGGAAGUCCAAAGGAUCAUCAUCUGACAUCCAUAGCACCAGUUCUGCAAGAUGAAACAAAUGAGAAUUUCUUCCCAUUAUUUUUCACUACAUCUGUAGGAACUGUGUUCGAGUAUCGAAUAUCCAAACGUUCAGACAGGUACUGCUCAAGAGAAGCAAAUUCUUGA